GCGCGGGGCGCGGCGCGUCGUGCGUGGUUACUGACAGGCACCAGCUGCCGCGCCGCCGGACGCGCUAUGUGGCCGCUCCGAGCGACAGGCGGAUUCCAGACUAAUCCCGGAGGGCUGGCCCAGCCCAAGCUGCCCGGCUGUGAGGAAGCGUUGACCACUCCUGUGAGCCCAAGUUGAAGGCAGCCCGGCUGCACUCGGGAGCCCGGGAGGCCGUGCUCUUCGGAAGAGGCGACAGAGAGAGAGAGAGAGAGAGAGAGAGAGAGAGAGAGAGAGCGGAACAUGAACUGAAGAGUAAACAUGUAUGGGAAUUAUUCUCACUUCAUGAAGUUUCCCACAGGCUUUGGCGGCUCGCCCGGCCACUCCGGCUCCACGUCCAUGAGCCCAUCGGCAGCCUUGUCCACUGGGAAGCCAAUGGACAGCCACCCCAACUACACGGACACCCCAGUGAGUGCCCCACGGACUCUGAGCACAGUGGGGACCCCCCUCAAUGCCCUGGGCUCUCCAUAUCGAGUCAUCACCUCGGCCAUGGGCCCCCCCUCAGGAGCACUGGCAGCGCCUGCAGGAAUCAAUCUGGUCACCCCACCCAGCUCUCAGCUAAAUGUGGUCAACAACGUCAGCAUUUCAGAGGACAUCAAGCCCUUACCCGGGCUUCCCGGGAUUGGAAACAUGAACUACCCGUCGACCAGCCCCGGGUCUCUGGUUAAACACAUCUGUGCCAUCUGCGGGGACAGAUCCUCAGGAAAGCACUAUGGUGUGUACAGUUGUGAAGGUUGCAAAGGGUUCUUCAAGAGAACCAUCCGGAAAGACCUCAUGUACACCUGCCGUGAUAAUAAAGACUGUCUCAUCGACAAGCGCCAGCGGAACCGCUGUCAGUACUGCCGCUACCAGAAGUGCCUGGUGAUGGGCAUGAAGAGGGAAGCUGUGCAAGAAGAAAGGCAGAGAAGCCGGGAGCGGGCCGAGAGUGAGGCGGAAUGUGCCAGCAGAGGCCAUGAAGACAUGCCUGUGGAGAGGAUUCUAGAAGCUGAGCUUGCUGUUGAACCAAAGACGGAGUCCUAUGGUGACAUGAAUAUGGAGAACUCGACAAAUGACCCAGUCACAAACAUAUGCCACGCUGCUGAUAAGCAGCUUUUCACUCUUGUUGAAUGGGCGAAGCGCAUUCCCCACUUCUCUGACCUCACCUUGGAGGACCAGGUCAUUCUGCUCCGAGCAGGGUGGAAUGAACUGCUGAUUGCCUCCUUCUCCCACCGCUCGGUCUCCGUGCAGGACGGCAUUCUUCUGGCCACGGGCUUACACGUCCACCGGAGCAGCGCCCACAGCGCUGGGGUUGGCUCCAUCUUUGACAGAGUCCUGACUGAGCUGGUCUCCAAGAUGAAAGACAUGCAGAUGGACAAGUCGGAGCUGGGGUGCCUGCGUGCCAUCGUGCUGUUUAACCCAGAUGCCAAGGGUCUGUCCAACCCCUCGGAGGUAGAGACUCUUCGAGAGAAGGUUUAUGCCACGCUGGAGGCCUACACGAAGCAGAAGUAUCCGGAACAACCUGGCAGGUUCGCCAAGCUGCUGCUGCGCCUCCCAGCCCUGCGCUCCAUCGGCCUGAAGUGCUUGGAGCACCUGUUCUUCUUUAAGCUCAUUGGGGACACGCCCAUCGACACCUUCCUCAUGGAGAUGUUGGAGACCCCGCUGCAGAUCACCUGAACGCCGGGCCCGCCCCCCCACACAGCCGCAGCCUCCCCUCCCCCGCCCUGCACACGUGCCCGCCCCCCGCCACAGCCGCAGCCUCCACUCCCCCGCCCUGCACACGUUCCUCCGCCUCCCGCCCCGCCCUUCUCCCGUCCCCCAAAAUGUGAUAAUGCUUACAAUAAAGAAAUCUUUCUACACGUGCGACUUUUAUAGGUGGCUUUGUACAGAUGUUCAAGGAAACCCUUCUUGGCAAUCUGAGGGGCUGGGGAUCUUUCUGGACGUUCUUGGAGAAACGCGCCAAGCCUCUGUACAUAUAAUUGGUUUAUUUUUUCACUUGCCGUGGAAAGCGAACGAGCGAAUAAUAAAAUAAUAUAUAUGAUGUUGGUA